GGCGGGGAGGGCUUCCCCGGCUGCUUCCGUGCCCCAGCUCCAGGAGGCUAGGUUCGGUCAGCGCGUGCCCCCUCUGACCGGGCCGGAGUGGUACGUGCCGCCGCGCCCUGAUUGGCCGCCGGAGCCCCGCAGUCGGGCUCGGCCCGCCGCGCCACCCUCAGUCUGGCUCUGGCCGCCGCGCCGCCUGGCUCUCUUCCUCUUCCUCGUUGUCCUCGGCGGGCUGUGGGGGCUCCGCGCCGCGGCCGUUAGUCAUGUCGGAUUCUGGAAGUUACGGUCAGUCUGGGGGCGAUCAGCAAAGCUAUUCCUAUGGCAAUCAAAGUAACCAAAGCUAUGGACAAGCACCACAAGGUUAUCCUGGCUAUGGGCAAACGGCUGAUUCCUCUUAUGGACAGAACUAUGGCGGCUACUCAAGUUAUGGACAGAGUCAAUCAGGUUAUUCACAGUCCUACGGUGGUUAUGAAAAUCAAAAGCAGAGCUCAUAUGGCCAAUCCUAUAAUAACCAGGGACAGCAAAACACGGACUCAUCGGGAGGCCAAGGUGGAAGAGCGCCUUCAUAUGACCAGUCAGACUAUGGUCAGCAAGAUUCAUAUGACCAACAGUCAGGCUAUGACCAACACCAAGGUUCAUAUGACGAGCAGUCAAAUUAUGAUCAGCAGCAAGACUCAUAUAAUCAAAAUCAGCAGUCCUAUCAUUCACAAAGAGAAAGUUACAGCCACCAUACACAAGAUGACCGUCGUGACAUGAGUAGGUAUGGAGAAGAUAAUAGAGGAUAUGGCGGGUCACAGGGAGGAGGUAGAGGGCGUGGGGGAUAUGACAAGGAUGGAAGAGGUCCUAUGACAGGAUCAAGUGGUGGUGACCGCGGUGGCUUCAAAAAUUUUGGUGGCCACAGGGAUUAUGGACCGAAAACAGAUGCUGACUCAGAGUCUGAUAAUUCAGACAACAACACAAUCUUUGUUCAAGGACUUGGAGAAGGGGUAUCAACUGAUCAAGUUGGGGACUUCUUUAAGCAAAUAGGAAUUAUUAAGACAAAUAAGAAGACUGGCAAACCGAUGAUAAAUCUUUAUACAGACAAGGACACAGGCAAGCCAAAAGGAGAGGCAACAGUGUCGUUUGAUGACCCUCCUUCAGCUAAAGCUGCAAUUGACUGGUUUGAUGGAAAAGAAUUCCAUGGCAACAUCAUCAAAGUGUCUUUUGCCACUAGAAGACCGGAGUUCCUGAGAGGAGGUGGAAGUGGAGGUGGGCGACGAGGUUCACGUGGAGGAUAUAGAGGACGUGGAGGCUUUCAGGGUAGAGGUGGAGACCCUAAAAGUGGUGACUGGGUUUGUCCUAAUCCGUCUUGUGGAAAUAUGAACUUUGCCCGGAGGAAUUCCUGUAAUCAGUGUAAUGAGCCCAGACCAGAGGACUCUCGUCCUUCAGGAGGAGAUUUCCGGGGGAGAGGCUAUGGAGGCGAGAGGGGCUACAGAGGCCGGGGUGGCAGAGGUGGAGACCGAGGAGGCGGUGGCUAUGGAGGAGACCGAAGUGGCGGUGGUGGCUAUGGAGGAGACCGAAGUGGAGGUGGCUAUGGAGGAGACCGAAGUGGCGGCGGUGGCUAUGGGGGUGACCGGAGUGGCGGCGGCGGCUAUGGGGGUGACCGGAGUGGUGGCUAUGGGGGUGACCGAAGUGGCGGUGGCAGUUAUGGAGGUGACCGAAGUGGUGGUGGUGGUGGCUACGGAGGUGACCGAAGUGGUGGCGGCUACGGAGGUGACCGAAGUGGCGGCUACGGAGGUGACCGAAGUGGCGGCUAUGGUGGAGACCGAGGUGGUGGCUAUGGCGGAGACCGAGGAGGUGGUUAUGGUGGCAAAAUGGGAGGCAGAAAUGACUACAGAAAUGAUCAGCGUAAUCGACCAUACUGAAGACCGUCUUGAUUGUUCCUUUGCCUCUGACAUGUUCAAUAGUGAAGUUGCCAGAGUUCUGCCUGCUGCUUUCCUUGUGGCCUCUUCUCCAGUAGUGGAAUUAAGUGACAUUUGGAUUUUUAUUUUGGUGGGAGGGAUGGGGCAGUUUUUCUUUUAGAAAUGUCCAUUGAAAUUUCCCCCUUUAAUUUCCAACCUUCUUCCCAGCCCUUGAACAGUCUGAGAAGCUGAAUACGUUGUAAAAUAUUGCCAAAAUGGAAAGUGUUUUGUAAUACUGCAAUAAAGGCUGCUUGUUUUUUUGUGGA